AUGUCACUCUUUGUUUUCUUUCACAGCCUCUUUUCCUAUACCGUUACAGAGGAAAAGGACAGUAACAUAUGUAGUGCUGAUUUAAAACUCAGUGUUCGUUCUUCAGGUGCCCUUGAUUGUCAACAGAAGUGGGAUCCUGAACAUCAAAAUACAGUGACACUCUCUGGGCGAGUGCGUGCCGUACAAGCAAUGAAUCAGGAUCAAGGUUUUGGUGAUGAACACACCCACGACAGAAAUGCAAUGAUGCCAGUCCGGCUGAGUCAGGAUGCGUGA